AUGACCGACGAAUUCGAAGAUUCCAUUUGCAAGAAAAUAGAGCCCGAACGAUCAGGUGCUGCGGUGGAUCGGUUAACCAUGAGGUUACCACCGUUUUGGGCAGAAGAUGCGGAAGUUUGGUUCGCCCAGGUCGAGGCGCAGUUCGCCGUUUGGGGCGUAAAAGCGGAUUCAACGAAAUAUUUCCAGGUUAUCAGAGAGCUAGAUCCCAAAACGGCUCGAGAAGUACGGGAUAUCAUAACGAAGCCCCCAGAAACAGAUAAAUACGAAAAGUUGAAAAAACAAUUGAUCGACCGACUGUCAACGUCGCAAGAAAACAAAAGACGUCAGUUGCUGCAAUUUGAAGAACUUGGAGACAGGAAACCAAGCCAAUUCCUUCGUCACCUUCGAGGAUUAGCUGGCGAUAGUAUCACUGACGAUUUUUUCCGAAGUUUGUGGUCCACUCGCUUACCUACUCAAGUGCAAGCGAUCAUCGCGUCUCAGAAGACGGCUUCUUUAGACGACAUCGCAAUCCUUGCAGACCAAAUCAUCGACGUGACACCUUGUUCUUCUUUUAAGCAGGUUGCAAGCAUGACUUCGUUCGAAGACAUGUUUAAGAAGAUGGAGCAAUCUAUAACGGCGCGUAUCCAGAGCGAAAUGACGCAACAAAUUGCUCAGCUAAGCACCGGUAGCAGCAGCGGUCAGCGACGUUCGCGUUUUAACAGCAGCAGGUCGCGCAGUCGUAGCAGAUCCAGCGUUCUAAAGAGAACAGACAAGACCGUCACACUGGACUUACUACGAGGACCAGUGACAGUCUCCAUUAACCGCGUCAAACCAGCUUACAUGCAGAGCGACACAGCUUCACCUACAGGCAUAAGUGCUAGGCCUGCUCAAGCUGUUGUCCCGGCAGGACUCUGA